UUAAUAUAUUUUAUACGUCAAAAUCUCUCUCUGUGCUAGGGUGUGAUUCUGCGGUUUGUUCACAUGGGCAGUCACAGUUUAGUUCAACUAUAGAGGAUUAAAGCAGUUUUUGUUUAGAAACUCCAAAGACAAUCAGGAAAGCUCAAGUAAGUCACAUCUAGCCAUGGAUAAUGGCAUUCGAGAGAGACUGCUUGGUUCAGAAGGAAAAGAGGUGGGCAAUUUGAAAGGGAAGGUUUAUGAUGAAUCCAAGAAGAUAUGGAGGGUAGCGUUGCCUGGAAUUAUAGCCCGAGUAGCUUCAUUCGGAACCAUAAUAGUGACACAAUCAUUUAUUGGACACAUAAAUUCAUUAGAUCUUGCUGGUUAUGCACUCGUUCAAACUCUUAGCGUGCGAUUUAUCAAUGGGAUACUGAUAGGCAUGUCAAGUGCAACUGAAACACUUUGUGGACAAGCAUAUGGAGCACGACAGUACCAUAUGAUGGGCAUUUAUUUGCAAAGAUCAUGGAUUGUUGAUUUCAUAACUUUGACUAUCUUGCUCCCUAUUUUCAUCUUCGGGACGCCCCUCUUCAGACUGCUUGGCGAGGAAGAAGGCAUUGCCAGAUCAGCAGGAUACAUCUCGUGGUGGUUUAUUCCAAUGGUCUACAAUUUUGUUUUUACGUUGACAAUGCAGAUGUAUCUCCAAGCUCAGCAAAAGAACGGUAUUGUUGCCUGGCUAUCCAUUAUGCAACUUUUAAUACAUGUUCCCGUGUCCUGGCUAUUCGUCAAUCAUUUGAAAUGGGGAGUUGAUGGGGCGAUGGCUGCACUAUGCAUUUCAUCCUGGUUUGUCGUAUUUGGAGAAUUUGCCUACAUAUUUGGUGGAUGGUGCCCUCACACGUGGUCAGGAUUCAGCACGGCUGCUUUCAAGGAUAUAUUGCCUGUAAUAAAGCUCUCAAUAUCAUCUGGCGUUAUGGUUUGCUUGGAGUUGUGGUACAAUUCUAUUCUAGUCUUAUUGGCCGGAUACAUGAGUAAUGCGGAGGUUGCUAUAUCUGCCUUUUCUAUUUGCCUUAACAUCAAUGGAUGGGAAUUCAUGAUUUGCCUCGGGUUCCUUGGUGCUGCAUGUGUGCGAAUUGCAAACGAGCUCGGGAGAGGAGAUGCUAAAGCUACAAAGUUUUCUAUUAAAGUCCUAAUAACUACUUCGAUAGUGAUUGGUGUAUUCUUUACUAUUAUUUGCUCGGUCUUUGGAAACAAACUUGGAUACUUAUUUACAAACGAUGUGGAAGUUGCAAAGACCGUGUCAGAUCUUUCAAUUCUACUUGCGAUUUCUGUAUUGCUUAAUAGCAUAUAUCCAGUACUCUCAGGGGUGGCAGUAGGAGCGGGUUUGCAAGGCACAGUUGCAAUUAUCAACCUUUGUUGCUUCUAUGUUAUCGGAAUACCAAUUGGAGCUUUACUUGGAUAUGUGGCUCAUCUUCAAGUGGAGGGUAUAUGGAUAGGAAUGAACAUUGGAGUUUUCACUCAGACGCUUGCACUUAGCUACAUGGCAUGGAAAACAGAUUGGGAUGUACAGCAUGAACAACUCCUAGCCUCUAAAUCUCAAUAUGUUCCUAGGCAAUCUUCCACCAACAAUUUUAUAUAUGGAGCAGGACCCAAUCAUGUAGUCAAACAAGGUGUUGGUGGGACUUGGAGAAGCAUUUAG